AUGUCGGGAGGACGCUCCCCAUCCGCCUCCCCGCCGGGGGCUGCCGGCCCCGCCGUCAACGAGCGGCGGUCCCACAGGGCGAGGAGCACGGCCAGGGCGCGGGGCUGUCCCCCUCCCGUCCCCGGGACGAGGAAACAGGGAAGAGCAAGGACAAAACACGAAGCGGUCGGUGACGCCGGACCGGCGGGGGAGGCCCCGGGGCUGCCGCCGCCGCCGCCACCCCAGGGCCGCGCCGCGGGCUCCACCCGACCGCGGCGGCAGCGCCGGACGCUCCCCGAAAUCAGGCCCGCGCCAGACCGCGCCCUCCCGCACCGCGCGGGAACCCCCCCUUCCCCGGCCGGCGCCCCUCGCGGAGUUACCUCGCCGCUCUCCAUAGCCUGGCGAGUCCCUGUUGGCGGCCAUAACAGUUUCCAUCCGGGGACUGUAGGGCUGCGAGCCCGACGGUGGGGGCGGCCGCGGCGGAGGGAUACGCGUUCACCUGGAGAGACGGACGGAGGCCGACGAGGCCCAGGGCGGGGGAGUGCUCGGGUGGGGGGAGGGGUGGGGCGCCACCGCCCCGCAGGCGCUACGGGCGGCGGCCCCCGCGGGGCCGGCCCCCGGUGUGGGCGAGGCGGCGGCACUGGCAGCCCCCGCUGCCUUCCUCCUCCUCCGCCUCCUCCUCCUCCUGCUGGGAUGUGGCCGCGGGGGCUGGGGGCGGAGGGGAAGCGCUAUGCCGGGCCACCCGGCGGGAGGGCUGAGGCCUCCCGCACCCCUUCCCCGGGGCCGCCGCGGCCUACCGCCGGCGGGCCCCGCUCUGCGGCCCCGGUGGGCCUUGGCCACAUGGCAGGGCCAGAGGUCCAGCCUGGCCGCACGGCCCAUCGUUACCUUUCAAUAGUUUUGUGCUUCCCUCCGGCCAAGGGUGUGCGCGGUCCCGUGGCCGUUAAUGGCACUGGGCAGGGAGAGCUGGUGCCCUGUCAUAAAACACCCAGAAGGAAAGGUCCUCACCUAGGCUCUUCAUGGGCCACCUUUGACAAGGAUGUGCUGGUCCGUGUAGGCGCAUUGUGUAGGGGAUAUCUGUAG